UCUUUGUGUAGCCGUAAUUUGUUCCAAGCUAAGACACGCAAUUCGCGGUGCCUUGCAAUCACGCUCCUCGCUCCACGUCACCACUUCUUUUGCUUCCUGUCAAAUUUUUCUUCGAUGUCAAAGAUGAUGCAAUUAUUGACACUACCAAAGUUGAUUAAAUAUUCAAGAUUUUGGACUCUGGGUCUGGGUCUUUUUACCGUUACUUGGCUGUUUUUGCACUGUUCGGCCUCCUUUGUUGUUUUUGGUGGUUGAUCAAGUUUUUGGGUUCAAUUCCUCAUAUGGGUUUUGAAUUCCAGGGUAAGCUGACUUCUGAAUACCAGAAACUUCGAUUAAAGUACUCAUUUCACUAGUGCAAGCAUUAAAAAUUGACCAAAUCAAUAAUGGCUCCUGGGGAUACCAUCUGUAAGGAGAUGAUCGAAUCAUGCAUUGCAUAUGCAGAUUAUGAAAUGGCAACUUCCAGUGCUGAUUUACGAGUAUCGCCUCUCAGAAAAGCUGCAACUUGUUUAGGUGGAAAUCUCAAAACAUCAUCAACUAGUGAUGUGCAGAACCUGCUUGAAUGCCCUGUCUGCAUGAAUUUAAUGUGUCCUCCAAUUUACCAGUGUCCCAAUGGCCAUACUCUAUGUGCAUACUGCAAGGCAAGAGUACACAACUCUUGCCCAACUUGCCGUGGAGAACUUGGCAAUAUAAGGUGCUUGGCUCUCGAGAAAGUAGCUGAGUCACUGGAACUCCCUUGCAAAUACCAGAUCAUGGGCUGCCCUGAUAUCUUUCCAUACUACAUCAAGCUAAAGCAUGAAAAAAACUGCAAAUAUCGUCCAUACAAUUGUGUAUAUGCUGGAGCUGAAUGUUCUGUCACUGGUGACAUUCCACUUCUCGUUAUGCAUCUCAAGAAUGAUCACAAGGUUGACAUGCAUGAUGGGUGUUCGUUCAAUCAUAGAUAUGUCAAAUCCAAUCCCCAAGAAAUUGAUAAUGCGACAUGGAUGUUAACUGUCUUCAACUGUUUCGGCCGACAGUUCUGCUUGCACUUUGAGGCUUUUCAAAUAGGAAUGGCACCUGUUUACAUGGCUUUCAUGAGAUUCAUGGGAAGUGAAGAUGAGGCUAGGCAAUUUAGUUACAGUCUAGAAGUUGGUGGAAAUGGCAGAAAGCUUACAUGGCAAGGAAUUCCCAGAAGCAUCCGCGAUAGCCAUAAGAAAGUUCGAGAUAGUCAAGAUGGACUUAUCAUUCAGAGAGACAUGGCACUUUUCUUUUCUGGAGGUGAUCAACAAGAGCUGAAGCUGAAAGUGGCGGGACGCAUAUGGAAAGAACAGUGAGAUGUAUAAACUAUACAAACUCCAGCAAGUAUAAUGCACUCAGAAAUUAAGGGUGUGAUUUGUAAAUAAGUAGCAUCAAUUUGCAAGAUCAGUUUUACCUUAAUUUUGACAGCUAUAUUGUAGCUCUUGAGGAGUUUGAAAAUAAGAAAGGAUCCAUAUGGUAUUAUACUGCUA